UUAUUCUUUCCAAAAUAAUAUGUUUUUAUUGUAAAAUGUCUUAAUAAGAAAUAUUGCUCUUGUUGCAAUUCUGUGUCUUGCCACUUGAUGUCACAAUUGCCUAACUAUUAGAAAACUUGAGAAAAACAUUAUCAUUUCAAUAGCUGGCAUUUUGUGCAAGCAUUUUUUUUCAGGGAUCACAGGUUCUGUUCAUUUCCUUUACUAGAUACAUUUUUACUAUCAAUACUACAAAAUUAGAGAAAUGAAUCUGCAAAACAAUCAUUUCUCAUUAAAGAUUAGGCUAGUUGUCAUCAUGUUACAAAUGGCUGUUAAUGUUAUUCUGAGUCAGCUCCAUUAUAUGGUACCGGAGGAAUCAAAGCAUGGCACAUUUGUUGGGAGAAUUGCCCAGGAUCUUGGACUGCAGAUCAGUGACAUUAAUUCCAGAAGAUUAAGGAUUGUAUCUAAGGAUGGCACAGAUUAUUUCCAGGUAAAUCUUCAAAAUGGAAUAUUAUUUGUCAAUAAGAUCAUAGACAGGGAAGAGCUUUGUCCAGAGAUCAGCAUUUGUUUAAAGCAGCUAGAGGUCAUAGUAGAGAGUCCUGUGCAGAUUCACCAUGUAGAUGUAGAGAUUGAAGAUAUAAAUGAUAAUUAUCCAGCUUUCUCACAAAAUGAAUUCAGAUUAACCAUAGCAGAAUCAAGGGUGCUUGGAUCUCGAUUUCCACUAGAGGGUGCUGUAGAUGCUGAUGUUGGCACAAAUUCAGUCACAAACUAUGAACUGAGUCUAAAUGAUCAUUUUGUAUUAGAUGUUCAAACAUAUACACAGAAAAGCAAAUCUGUCCAACUGGUUUUGAAAAAAAUGCUUGACAGAGAAGAAAUGCCUUUUCAGAAUCUAACCCUUACUGCAUUUGAUGGGGGUAAGCCAAGAUUAAGUGCCACAACUCAACUUCUAAUUACAGUACAAGAUGUAAAUGAUAACACUCCAGUGUUUGAGCAGUCAUUUUACACAGUCAAUUUGCUAGAAAAUGCUCUUAAAGGAACUAUUGUCACCAAACUGAACGCAACAGAUCUGGAUGAAGGUGAUAAUGGUAAAAUAUUUUAUGCCUUUAAUAAACUAGUUUCACAACAAAUUACAACAGUAUUUAGCAUUGAACAGUAUACAGGAAUUAUUUAUGUUAUUGGAAAAGUAGAUUUUGAAAAGAAAAACAUGUAUGAAAUCGAGAUUGAUGCUUUGGAUAAUGGUCACUAUGCCAUAGCUGGACACUGCAAAGUCAUUGUUAACAUUUUAGAUGUUAACGACAACACCCCUGAGCUAACAGUUACAUCACUCAAUCUCCCUGUUCCAGAAGAUAUAACAGAAGGAUCUGUUGUUGCUGUCAUCAGUGUUCAAGAUAAAGAUUCAGGACUGAAUGGGAAGGUGAAUUGCUACAUUUCUAAAAAUAUUCCCUUUAAAAUAACAUUAACCCUAAGAGAAUACUUCUCACUGAUAGUGGAUGGACCUUUAGAUCGAGAAAAUGUUUCAGAAUAUCAUAUUGAAAUAACAGCAGUAGAUGAAGGCUUGCCACCUCUUUCAGUAAGUAAAUCAAUUAAGGUAGAUAUAAGUGAUGUGAACGACAACCCUCCAACUUUUCAGAAAAUAUCUGAGUCAAUUUCAGUGAAGGAAAAUAACCCUCCAGGCUCUCAUGUCUAUACCGCAUCAGCCACGGAUUCAGAUAUCAGCCAAAAUUCCUUUAUCACAUACUCACUUAUUGACAGCAAAUUUGAUGGGAUUCCUGUAUCUUCAUACAUUUCUGUCAACCCAGAGAAUGGAAAAGUUUUUUCUUUACUUUCAUUUGAUCAUGAGCAGGCAAAACAUUUUCAGUGUCAGAUAAAAGCAACAGAUGCUGGAUUACCUCCACUAAGUAGCAAUCUGACUUUGCACAUUUUUAUUGAGGAUGUUAAUGACAACGUCCCAGCUCUUAUCACUCCAUAUUUGACUGGUGAGGCUAAAGUCACAGAGAUUGUUCAGAAAUCAGCUAAAGUAGGUGAUCUGGUCACUAAAAUUAAAGCAAUUGAUGAAGACUCGGGGUACAAUGCUUGGGUAUCUUAUGACUUUAUCAAUCCUGCCAAAAAUGUCCCAUUUGCUAUUGGACAGCAGAGUGGGGAAGUCACUGUGAUUCGUUCUCUCAUGGAAUCAGAUGAUGAUGAAUAUAGAUUGUCCAUUUUAUUAAAAGAUCAUGGUGAACCACAGAUGUCAUCAAUGGUGACACUUACCAUCUUACUGGUGAAUUCAAUCGAGGAUAUACCUGUAGAAAGAAAAAAUCACUAUAAAAACGAAGAAGAAUUUUCAGAUGCAAAUGUUUAUCUGAUUAUAUCAAUUUGUGUGAUCUCCACUGUAUUUCUUAUUACUCUCAUUAUAUAUACUGUUUUAAAGUGGCAUAAGUAUACACAAGAAAUUAAUGAGUUGAAACAGUAUAAUUUUUGUUCGAGUAUAGCGAGAAGCUGGACUUACUCACAGCAACAUCAAUAUAAGGUUUGCUUGGGCGGAGCUCCACCAAAAAAUGAUUUAAUACUUUUCACUCAAAAUGGAGUCAUGGAUGACACGAUUUCUAAUAAUGGGAGUCUGCCAUCAGAUUCUGCUGGGAAGGUGAGAUAA